UGCAGAUGAACACGGCCUUUCGGCCUACACACAACAUUCUCGGCUUUUUAGGAACUGUAUAUGCCAGAAGACAGCUGGGGAUGGAGACCAUGAAGAAAGAGGAAGAAGCAUUGUUGCAAUAAAAUCCACGUGACAAGCUCUGAGCUGCUUGCUUUUGUCUCUAUGCUUUUAACCUGAAACAUUUUACAUUGUCGUCUUACAUUUUUCAGGUCUGCUCCAGUAUGUGAAAGAGCUCUGUUUUUCUUGUCUCAUUGGUUUUUAAAAUAGAAGAAAAAUACGGCUACCCAGUAUGAACCAAAGGUCAUAAACCUGACACAACCGUUAGUGGCAGAAACGUGAAUAAUCACAACAAUGAAGGGCCAUUAUCGAUCCAGCCGAAAUGAGAGGUGUCGUCGAAAGCCAAGAAAGCUCGCAGACCCAGAGACGCGCCUCGAAGCACAAACAAGACAAUCUCGGUGACUUUCCCCCGCUUUGUUUACAUUUAGAGAGAGACAGAAGGAAGUGAGAUUUAGUGUUUAGAGAGAGAAUGGAGAUGGAUGAAGAAAUGGAAAUGGAGGAGAUGGUGUUGGAGGUGAGAGAGGUUGAUAUGGAGUACGAGUUUGAUGCAGCUCGGUGGUUCGAUUUCACUCGCUCUGAGUCACCAGCUGAGUCUCUGGCCGCCGAGUUCUGGUUUCACUCUGCUCCCUCCUACGCCCCCUCUCCUUUUGUGACAAAGUUGUUGCUUGGAGAGGAGAUUUCUGGAGAUAAGACGGAUGCAUCCACGAAACCGGAGGAGGAAGACGUCACAUCAGAUGGUGGGAGUGGAAUGCGUUUUGGGAUAUUUUCCUCCCAACAAGGUCAUAACUUGAAGAAAGUUCCAGGCCAACCCAUACCCAAAGGGCCAACGGUUAGCAAUCACAACAAGCACAAUGAUAAUAAACCAAAAUUCCGAGCUAAACCAAGCAUCAGACCUACUCCUCCAAGGAGCUCAACCUUAAUGAAACCUACUGCUAGUCAGUUAGCUAAACUAAAUUAUACCAGUAAAUCCCAUUUGCAAGUGGAUCAAACUCAUGACAAACCCUUAUGUGGGGGGACCGAAGUUCAAGCAGCUAAACGACAGAAGCUUGAUGGGGGUCUUCUUCGCAAGGUAGAGGUUGCUGGAACAAAGCCCGAGAUGAGUUUUGUUCACAAGAUGCCCAAGAAGGAUAUAACUCUUGAUAGAAACUCACAACAUCCCAAGACAAAGAUUACUGUCCCACAGGAGCCUGAUUUUGCUACAUCGCAGAGGGCUCACAGGACACGGCACAAGAAUGAUGCGCACUCAGAACAGGACUCAACAGCUGUAUACAGAUUCAAAGCACGUCCAUUUAACCGAAAGAUAUUUGAUGCUCCUUCAUUGCCAAUCCGGAAAAAGAGCACUCCGAAACCAACUGAAUUCCAAGAAUUCCAUUUGAAGACCUCAGAAAGGGCUAUGCAACAUUCUUCAGCAGUAACAACAAGGUCUAAUCAGGGAAAUGACUCGUAUAAGGUGUCAGAAAAAUCUAAUAUAACUGAUGCGCUUGACGGUGUUAACAGGGAAAGUAGGAGACCAAUCGCCAUGGAUAUAUCUAACAAGCAUGAUGUCUCGGAAGGGAAACAUGUUUUUAAAGCUCGUCCUCUGAACAAGAAGAUACUUUCAAGCAGAGGAGACCUGGGCGUUUUCAAAAAUAGCAAGAUACCUUUGGAGUUUAGUUUUAAUACAGAAAAGAGAGUUCAACCAGAUAUACCAACAGACCUUUUCAGCAAGGUACAACACAGCUCAUGGUUUAACCUCUCCAUCAGAUCUGAGACCAAGCAAAAUAAUGGAUCUCGCACAAGAUUUCCUCAGGAAAAGGGGUUCAAGGAAAAUAGAGCGCACUCUUUCCAAGCAGGGAAUGAUGUAACAAGACUGGCAACUGGAAAAACGGUUUCUUCAGCUGAACAACAGAUACUAUCUGGUCAUAGCGAAACAAACCAGCGAUGGACGCCUAGUAGGAGCUUGGGCAUUCGCUGAUGGUAUAGAAACAGCUUUUGUAGCAUAUGGAAUCAUCAUCAUCAACAACUCCAUCUUACAGUUAGUAGCAUAAGAAAAAAAAAAAGAUGUAAGAAACAGAAUGUAAAUCAGAAAAUACUCUCAAGCUCUUAAUACAACCUGUGGUUCAUAUA